ACGAAACACAACAAAAACGCCAAAUAAUCAUGGCAGUUACAAAAUCAAAUAGUAAUAAUAGUAAUAGUUGUAGGCUAAGAAUGUCAUUAGCAACCACAAGCACAUUAGCAACAACAAAUGAAAGAACACGAGGAGCAAUAAAUUUUAAAUAUAAAUAUAAUGGAAAAGUUGUGAUAUCAUUAUUAAUUUCAUUACUAUUAUCGUGUUAUCAAAUCAGCAUGGUUUCAUGUCUCAAUAGUGGCAGUAGUAGUUUAGUGGAUUGGAGCCAUUCCAUCGACUUGGAUGAGAAUUAUCGCGUUUACUGGAGCAUCGUUGACCAAGAAAUCACGUUUGAGAUACAAGUGCGGGCGACAGGUUAUGUGGGCUUCGGGUUUUCGCCUGACGGCACCAUUUAUGCCGCUGACAUGGUGAUCGGAUGGAUUGACGGAGGACAACCAUAUUUCCAGGAUCGUCAUAUUAAGAAGCAUGGUGAUGGCGAGCCUGUCGUUGACCCGUCGCAAGACUACAUCCUGCUGGCUGGUUAUGGCAAUACCACUCACACCGUUUUCCGCUUCAAGAGGAAACUCGACACAUGUGACUCGAGUCAUGACAUUCCAAUAACGAACAACACCAUGAAAAUCCUGUUCAUGUAUCAUAAUCUUAAGCCGCAGCGAGGCUCCAUCACACCGGGGAGCCUUCCCUCACCUUCGGAGGCCUUCAAACAUGUGAUUCCCGUAUUUCUUACGCAACGAUCUAUCAACUCGUCGACAAUUCGGAACCAAAAGCAUCUCGAGUUCAUGGAUUUGAAGAACGAAGACGCUCAGUUGCCGUAUCUGGAUGAGACAGUACAUUGGUGUAAAAUGUUCAAGCUGUCACAAUUUUCAAAGAAAAAUCAUAUUGUUCGGUACGAGCCAGUUUUUGAUUCCCCUUCCAGUAAAAUGUAUCUGAACCACAUUCUUCUUUACGAGUGUCAUGGUUCCUCGCCGGAAAUGGAAAUAAUGUCUCGUGAAUAUGGGAAAAUGUGUCCGCAACCGAGUGUGGCUAGGCCAUUUGGAUGCAAUAACAUCGUUGCAACAUGGGUGCGCGGCUCCGACGGUUUUGCAUUUCCUGAAGCUGCCGGUUAUCCAUUAGACUCGAAUCAUGCUCGAUUCUACCUGAUGGUGACACAAUACGCAAAUCUAAUGAGCGAUUUUAGUGCGUUGCAUAACGACGGUAUGGUUGACAAUUCAGGGCUUCGCAUUUAUUACACGCCCAAAUUGCGACAACACGAUGCUGGUGUGCUCUCCAUUGGCAUGCAACCCAAUUGGCGACAUAUUAUCCCGCCAGGACAGGAUUCAGUUGUGUCGGAGGGUCACUGUGUUGAAGAAUGCACAAAACGAGCGUUUCCGAAGCAAGGCAUCAAUAUUUUUGCUACCAUGAUGCGCACACAUUUGAUCGGGAAACAAGUGAAAUUGAGACAUAUUCGUGGGCGUGAAGAACUUCUUCCGAUUGCGUCGGAUGCAAACACAGACUCACGUUAUCAAGAAUUCCGUUUGUUGGAGAAUCCCAUAAAAUCCUAUCCCGGCGAUCGGUUGAUCGCGGAGUGCAUUUAUGAUACGACACGACGUUCGACAUUGACGCUCGGAGGAGUGUCGACACGCGAGGAAACGUGCCUCGUGUUUACCAUGUACUAUCCGAGACAGAAGGAAUUGUCGACAUGUCAUUCACUUCCAAGUCUACCGACAGUUUUGCAUUCCUUGGGGAUUGAGGAGUUGGCUGUCGGAUCAAAUCCCGUCCAAAUCGCUCUCCCGCAAAAGCUAGCUGGCAUGUCGUUAGAAACGCGACUUACAACUUACGAUUGGGACACGAAUUUCGAAAUGUUCCAACGUGUCACGCGAAUGGGAUCAUUUAAGCCCAUGUGUAUGAAUGCCAAGGGCGCAGAGUUACCGGGCACCCGUGAACUCGAAAGUUUUAGUCCAAACAUCUCGAAAACAUGGCGACUCCCGCCAACAUGUAGUUUUAAGUACUAUGGCAGCAAUAAUAAAAUCCACAGUAUGUAUAAUAAUCGCAAUAGAUACGUGACAGAGCCAGAAAGUAAUCUGGAUGCCACGAGUUUUAUGAAUGAAGAGUCUGAUAUAUUAGCGGCGGAGGAUGAAGGUAAUGAUAUCAUCCAGAUCGCUGCACGAAGCAAAACAUCGCGUAGUUUUGAUGCCACAUUAACAAAUAACUGUGUUAGAUUAACUUUUAAUAAUAGCAACUUAGUCUUAGCAAUGAUUGUUAGCAUUUUCUAUUAUUACAUUGUUACGAGGCGACGAAUUUUGUGCUGAGCCAUUGGCGUCAAUGUCGUCCCAAAAACCACCAGUUAUUAUUAUUAUCUUUAUUAUCAUUGAGAGAUGGAUUAAAAAAAAACAAUACAGUGUUAUUAGGAAUUAAUGAAAUAAAUGUAAAUAGUCAUAAAAUUAAUAUAAAAACAGAAUCCUAGUCAAAAAAUAU